UGGUUCGCCUUUACUCCACUAAAGUCUAUGGUUUCCUUGACUUAGUUGCUCUGUGUGAGUUAGUAUAUCCUUAUGGAAGAGGUGUUUACAGUCUACGAUGUUUUUAUUAAUCAUAGAGGACCAGAUGUCAAGAGAACUCUUGCCAGCCUCAUCUAUCACCGUCUGGAAGCUCAUGGUUUGAGAGUGUUUCUCGAUGAACAGGAAUUGCAAGUGGGAGAUUCCUUAACCCCUGCAAUUAAAUCUGCCAUUUCUACUGCCUCUGUUCAGAUCGCUAUUUUCUCCAAAACAUAUGCACAAUCCACUUGGUGUUUGGAUGAGCUCGUAUGGAUGUUUGAUUCAAAUUCUAGUAUAAUUAUCCCCAUCUUUUAUGACAUUCAACCUUCAGAUCUUCGCUAUGUUGACCAGGGAGCAUAUGCGUGCGCCUUUCAGGACCAUAGAAACAAGGGCAGAGUUACCAUACGACAAGUGGAAAGCUGGAUAACCGCCCUCAAAAAAGCCUCUGGCAUUUCCGGCGUGGUAAUCAACACAGAGAAAGAUGACCAUGGAGAGCGUUUGGAAAAAAUAGUGGAGAUUAUAUUAAAGGAGGUGAGAAUGGAAGAUCUAGAUGUGGGUAAAUAUCCCGUUGGACUGUGUCAGGCGGCAGAGCAUUUCGAAAGGGAGGUUUUGAAUGAAAGUGAAAUAAGUGGAAUAAAGGUUGUGGGCAUUGUAGGACUUGGUGGAUCAGGCAAGUCAACUCUGGUUACUCAUCUCUACAACUCCAAGCGUUCCCAAUUCCACAGAUGUUGUUUCUUGUCUCAGGUGAGCAAAACCGAUUUACCCUCUCUGCAGCAAACUCUGCUAAGGGAUCUGCUGUGUGAUCAGAAAUCGCAUUUUCAGGACACGCGUAAAGGGAAGAGCAUGCUUAAGAAACGUCUUCUAGGGUUGAGACGUGUUUUGAUUGUUUUUGAUGAUAUAGAUAAUACAGAGCAAAUAGAGAAUCUGCUAUUUGUAAAGGAUGUUGUUGGAAAUGGCAGUCUGAUUUUGGUAACAUGUAGAGACCAAUCUUUGCUUGUCAGUUGUCAUAUAGAAACAUACAAAAUCAAAUUAUUAGAUUCAGAAUUUGCCAAAGAUCUUUUCUGUUGGCACGCUUUCGGUCAGUCUGAACCAGUAGACCAUUUGCAAGAUAUGGUUGAGGAGCUGGUUGGAAUGUGUAGUGGGUUUCCUUUGGCUUUGAAAGUUUUAGCGGGUCAGCUCCACAAUGAACGUGAUCCAAGGAAAUGGAAGCAGCAAUUGGAAAGCCUCCGUAAACAACUGCCGAAAAACGUAUUAAGGCGGAUAGUAAAGGAUAGCUAUAAAUCUCUUGACAUUAGAGAGAGAGAGGCGUUUUUAGACAUUGCCCAUUUCUUAAUUGGAGAAGGCGCAGAUCUGGUGGAGAGGGUUUUGGAUGGAUUGAAUGGUAGUGGCUCUAAAUGCCUUCAAGCGCUCAGUCAUAAAUGCCUGGUGGAGUUUGAAAGUGAAGACAUAAUUCUUCCAAGAACAAUACGUGCUGAAUUCCUAAGUUGGAGGAUAGGCGUUUGGAGAAGACCAAAGCGAAGUUUGAAAAUAGGAAUGCACGAUUUAGUGAGGGAGUUGGCAAUACAAAUCGGCAGAAAAGAAUCACCCCUUCGCCUUUGCUGCAGAAACGACACAAUGAUCCCCCCACGGGUAGCUGAUGUUUUCGGCAAUAAGUUCGAUGUACGAGGAAUUCGUAGAUAUGACGCAAAUUGCGUAAAGAAGGGCAAAUUUACUCUUGGAUGGAAAACGGUAUGGGUGAACUCAUUAUUCAAAAAUCUAUGGAACCCACGAGCUACAUGCCGAGACGAUGAGGAUCACUUGCCAUUAUUUUUGCAAAAUCAAAAUAUAUGCGGAUUAAAACUUCUGGCGUUUCAAAAUUCCACUCUUCUUCAGCGAUUUCAUAGUGUGUCCGGAGAUUUGAUAUGGUUUCGCUUGCGCCAAUCCAAGGACGCUUCACAGAGAAGUUUAAGCAAUCUCAUUCCUUCUACUCUCUUACUCAAAAAUUUAAGAGUGUUGGAAGUUAAUGUUGUCAACUCUCAAGAUUUCUGCUUGUUUGAUGAUCCCGCCCCUACUUUACAGCUGCGUGAAUUGACAGUCACCUGCACAAGAGACUAUCAAAUGUACAGUUCAUAUUCGCAGCUCCGUGAAUCGACAAUCGCAUGCAAUAGAGAUUUUGGAAGCGCAAGCACAGCUGGUGCAACUUCAGAUAGUUCAACAAAACCGAGUUCAACUUCAGAUAGUUCAGAUUCGACAUUGCAUUCAUGUCAAAUGAAUCCUGGACACUGGCUUCGGUGGUGGGUAGGAAAACAGAAUUGGAAGAGUUUGGGGAAGAUAGUUUUGCAAAAUAUUCAAGGCCUGAAAACACUCCCUAUUAAGUUUGAGGAAGUAAGUAACCUCAGACAUGUAGAUCUUUCUGGUUGCACCGAUUUGGAGGUUUUGCCAGAUUCUUUUACUCAAGAAUUAUCACAACUUCAAUAUUUAGCAUUGAGUUAUUGCAGGAAGCUCAUUCUCCGAAGUUUGGGAAAAAUCUCCACGCUUGAGUACCUCGAUUGUGAGGGUUGCUCUAUGCUAAAUAAACUGCCUAGGGGAACGGAGGUUCAAAAGUCCUUAAAGUAUUUAAAUGUGCUCCAUACUGAGCUGACGGAGUUGCCUCAGCAUCUAGAACAGCUGAAAAAUCUGGAAGAACUACAUAUAGGGAGCUCAAAGUUGACUGAGUUACCAUCUUCUUUAUAUACUUUGAGCAGUUUAACAGACUUGAUCCUAUUAAAAUGCAAAAAUCUACAUUUUAUUGACAACUCUAUUGAAAAGUUAGUGCAUUUGGAAAGGUUUAGAAUGUAUAAUUGCGGAGUAAAAGCAUUACCAGAAAGAAUUGCAUGGAUGAAUAUGAAAGUUUUGGAUGUUCAAGAGUGUCCACUUGCUUCCAAUCAUUUAAUGAUAGGAAUGGAUUCAGGAAAUAUGCCACCGGGUAGUUCUCAGGGGCAGGGAAGCAUUGAUCACGGUGCUAAUCACAGUCGCUCAAGUUGUUUGACAGAUCUGAUUAUAAGAGACAGCAACAGUUUAGAGAUACAUAUUCCUUGGGCCCAAAGUCUUUUUCCCAAGCUUGAAAUUGUUGAUCUCUCCAGCAGUAUCUACUUGAAAGAGAUUGGUAGCUUACCAGGCAGUUUGAUAACCCUGAACCUGACGGACUGUUUAAAGUUGAGAGCACUGGCGUGCCUCUCUACUUUGGCAAGACUUAAAGUUCUUGAUAUAAGUGGAUGUGCUAAACUAGAAACACUUAAUGUGGAAGGUCUGAACUCAAUAGAAGUAAUUAAAGCCGACAAGUGCUGGAAUAUGCAGAACAUUCAGGGCCUGGGGCAGUUGCGGAAGUUGUCUUAUUUUCAGAUGUCAGUCGAUUGUUUGCGCAGAUCUAGUUGCACUGACAUUAUGACUUGGGCUCCUAAUAUAUCAACGGCUCUCCUUUCUGGAACAACUAUUAAAAUGGAGGACGUUGAUAAUAUGGACAGAGUUGCUCGCAGAUUUGAAGGUGUUAAAGUCCGGAGGAUUUUACAGAGGGAACAAUUGGAGCUUAACGAGAAGCCGAAAGGUGCCAUUUUUCUAUAUCUUAUAACGCAUGAGAAUUGCAAAGUUGAAGUGACAUUCUUUGGUCAUGUUUACACCGCCCACUCUUCUCCUAUUAAUUAUCCAGUACAUAUACUGAUGUGGACGGAGGAUUCAGAAGCUUAUAAAGAUUUUAAAUCCUCGAGUGAUAAGGAACAAGAUUUUAGUUUGUUGAAAGCACGAAUGAAAAAAGGAUGGAUAGUGCAAGCGAAAAAACCACAGGUUUGUAAGCAGUUCAUAAAAUAUCUCUUCUUUGAGGGCUACAUAUGAGGAGCAAAUUAGAGUAAGUCCAUUGGACGAAGGAUGGGGCAAAGGCAACAUAAUUUGAAGACGUGCAACCGUUAAUAUAUUUGAAGCUUUGUAUUAAAAAGUAAUAAAAAACUCACCGGCUCCGUCAUCUUAAGUUUAGUUUAAACCUUAUUUGAACUUCUCUUCAUUUCUUUGAAUCAAAUCGAGACAGUUCAGUAGACAUGAAUAAAGAUGUAAAGAUGUAGGUACAUUCCAUUCUAGCAGUCUGCAUGGUUCAAUAAUAUGAACUUUGUCAAA